AUGUUGACCCAAAAUCUCGAGAAUUUUUUACAACAUCAACCCAGCAAUAUGAUCACCUCUACCACUCUCAAGAUGGCGAUGCUUCGUGGUUUCCUGUUGUUUGCGCUCUUUUGGACAAAGGCAGAAGGUCAAGCACAGUUUCAGUGCCAGACUGAUGCGGACUGCCUCAACAAUGGCUUUUGUGAACUGAAGAUCUCAUCCGGUGAGAGGUAUUGUCGAUGCCCCAGUGGGUUUGGCGGCCAAGAUUGUUCGGCAACAUGUCUUCGAGAGUGUCAGAAUGGUGGCAGUUGCCGCUAUCAUGAAGACAUCUCUCAUGGUUCUGAUCAAGAUGGAGAUACCUACUGUGAAUGUCCUGAAACCUUUCUGGGUGUCAAUUGUGAGAUACCCUUUACACUUUGCCCCGAUGACAAUCUCAAGUGCUUGAAUGGUGGAACUUGUGUGGCAGUGACAGACAGCCCGUCCUCUUUUCGCUGCGAUUGUCCAGGAACUCGCACUGGUGAAGUUUGCCAGUACGAUUCUCCAGAAGACCCUCGCAUUCCACCGUUUCAAUGCGAGACAAAUUCGGAUUGCUUGAACAAUGGUUCCUGUAUUCAAGAUAGCACGCAGAAGAUCUGUCAGUGCCAAGACGGCUUUGGAGGUGAAGAUUGUUCUGAAACUUGUCUUCAAGAUUGCCAAAAUGGUGGCAGUUGCCGUUAUCACAAGGAUAUCUCCCAUGGCUCGGAUCAGGAUGGAAAUACCCUUUGCCAGUGCAUUGGCAACUAUGUGGGUGUGAAUUGUGAGAUUCCCUUUACUUCUUGUCCUGGUGGUGGUAUUAUCCGCUGUCUCCAUGGUGGAAGCUGCGAGCCGCGCCCCAAUGGAGUCUAUGGUUGCAGCUGUCCUUCUCCUCGGACCGGAGAUUUCUGUCAGUUUGACUCCAAGGAUGAUCCUCGAAUCUCGAAUGGUCAGAGCCAUCAGAAUCAUCUGAGUAUCAAAGAGGACAAAUCGGUGGAAAAGGCAUUGGCAAUGGCACUGGGAGCAAUCGCAGUGGCCGCCAUUGCUACCUGGAUUGCAAUGGCAUGCUUGCCUCGCAGUCGUGGUGAUGGAGUCGACAAAAGUUGGAAUGAACGCGAGGAUACUGUUGAUACAGAUGCAAUGACAUGCUAG